CACAACAACAUUUCGUUUGAUUUGCACUUUGCACCGUCGAAUUCGAGUUCCAGAAAGAUCGACGGAAAUGGCAGCUGCUUCGUCCUCUUCCGUGUUGUCGAAGGCGGGACCCACUCUGCGACGGCAAGUCCUGAGCUUGACCGACGCCGCCGCCGACAGAAUCCGCCAUCUUCUCCGGCAACGCCAACGCCCUUUCCUCAGCCUCGGCGUCAAGGCGCGCGGUUGCAACGGCUUAUCCUACACCCUCAAUUACGCCGAUGAAAAAGGGAAAUUCGAUGAGUUGGUUGAAGACAAGGGCGUGAAAAUACUGAUCGAACCAAAGGCCCUGAUGCAUGUUAUUGGAACAAAGAUGGAUUUUAUUGAUGAUAAACUCAGAUCUGAGUUCAUUUUCGUCAACCCAAAUUCAAAAGGCCAAUGUGGUUGUGGAGAAUCCUUUAUGACAACAAGUAGUGCAGAAGCUGCUAAGCGAGGUAGCAGUUAAGAACUUUAACCGAGCUGACAUUUGCGAAUUCUAGCUCCUAGCAAUGUACUUUCUUGGAAACUAAAUGAUACUGCAACAAGUGGAAAAUUUCUUUCAUGGAUAACUAGAAGAUAUCUGAGAAGUGUAUACCAUCAUACCAGUGUGAUGAGGGCAAAGUGGCGUUUGUAUUUUCUGAUUGGAUAGUGUAUGUUUUGUUUCAUAUAGAAGUAUUGUUUUUCUU